AUGCGUCGAUUCGUGUCCACCGUGCUGCUUUUUCUCCUUUGGCUCGCCGGUGGUCCCUGCGCCCUCGCGGAGCACCGCUGCAUCUUUGACAGGGUCGCCUUGAAUUGGUCCCAGCUGCAGACCGCCGUGGUGCAGGAGCUCCCACGGGGAAGAGCAGGCGCAUGGCAGGCGUACACCGUGUCCACCCCUGACUGGGCGCCGAUCCGGAUUAAAGUGUUUGCGGAGGACCUGAAGGACACGACGAAGUACUGCACGGUGCGGGGAGACGUACGAUCGGAUUUCACUGGGGGCAGGGUUUUGUGCCGGCGGCAGGAUGUUCUCACGAAAGAGAAGAUGAGAAUUAUGGUCAACAGGCUGCUGCCCGAGGCCGUCAAGCUGCACACGGAGCGGCUUUUUGUGCAGCCCGUCAGUGGCGUCUUGAGGUUGCCAAGGUUCAAGCUGGGAGUCUGCGGCGAGUUUACUGUCCCCAUCACGCACCACUUGUCGGGAGUUGUUGGUGCCGACAUGUUGCUGUACGCUGCCGCUGCACCCACCAUCGGUGGGACUGUCGCGUGGGCCUCCACGUGUGUGACGCUGCAGGACGGACGGCCGGCUGCUGGUGUGUUGAACCUCAGCCCGAGCUUCAUUGCCCCCAAGAGAGAAAGCAUACGCGUGGUCUCGCACGAGAUUGCGCACGCGCUGGGGUUCAACAGUAUAUUAAUGUGGAGGCUGGGGAUGAUCAGCAGGCGCUCGGAUGUCCGCGGCAAGGCAAUGACGUUCGUCGUGGACUCCAACGAGAUAAUUGACGUCUGUCUUUACAAAGACUAUUUUGGGGUCCCACUUGUCGCUUUCUGUUGUCCAUUGUUUCGAAAAUGUGCGUAUUUAGGGAUCGUAAUACGCCCAAGCCAGAUAAAUAUUUUGCGAAGGGAAUUACUUGUUUCAUGUCGGGUCUGGAACACCCCUUUUCUUUAUUUGCUUUGGAAGGACACUUGGGAUUUGUACAUGGAGACCCGCUGCUGUGGCAGCGUGGGUGUUUUGUCGUCCAGUUGUGUUUGUGUUUCCCUACGUAUCCACCGGCGGAAUUGCAGCACGGGGUGUGGGCGUGCCAACCCCGUAGACCUCAACGGGGAGCACACACACGGACACACACACAGUUUAUCUUUGUAG